GGACUUCGCGAUCUCCUCACCUGCCUAAGCGUGAUGCUUGGAUGUAACGUAAACGUUGGUGUCAGCUGAGUUAGUGAUGUAGGUGGCUGAGGAGGAGGAGGAGGAGGUUUCGCUCACAACAGGAAGUAGACUGAGUGUUACAACAAACACCAUCGCUGGGCUUGGGGGCAAUCUCUCCCAUUCCACAAUGCACCAGCAAACAAUCAGACACGGGAAAGCUGAACGUUUUUAAUAGUUGCACAAAGUUGGGGGAAGGUCUCGGACAUCGCGCAGUUUCCAGAAGUGGAGAUCGCCGUCUCGGGAUCGCGAAGAUGAAAGAAAUAAAAGGCUGCGGCAUGCGUUCUUCCGUGGGGUUCCUGUCCCGGAGAAAGAUCACCGGACAGCCUCUCAUGAAGGAGGAAUUCCAGAGACGAAGACUAGCUGGGUGUAACAGCUUAUACAAGAAGGACAUGCUUGGGCAUUUUGGCUGCGUUAAUGCCAUAGAGUUUUCCAACAACGGCGGAGAAUGGCUGGUGUCCGGAGGAGAUGACCGCAGGGUCCUACUCUGGCACAUGGAGAAGGCGCUUCAUUCCUGCUCGAAACCUCUCAAACUGAAGGGAGAGCACCUUUCUAACAUAUUCUGCCUGGCCUUUGACAGCACGAACCGACACGUCUUCUCUGGGGGGAAUGAUGAACAGGUCAUUCUUCAUGAUGUGGAGAGGGGUGAAACAGUGAACGUGUUUUUGCACGAUGAUGCAGUCUACGGAUUGUCUGUUAGCCCAGUUAAUGACAACGUGUUUGCCAGCUCUUCUGAUGAUGGCCGUGUACUUAUUUGGGAUACACGUGAACCACCACAUGGAGAACCUUUUUGUUUGGCAAACUAUCCAUCUGCAUUCCAUAGUGUGAUGUUUAACCCAGCAGAACCCAGACUACUGGCCACAGCUAACUCUAAGGAGGGAGUUGGAUUGUGGGAUAUUCGCAAACCGCGCAGUUCCCUUCUGCGUUACGGCGGCAGUCUCUCGCUCCAAAGUGCCAUGAGCGUCCGCUUCAACAGCACCGGCACUCAGUUGCUGGCACUGCGUCGCCGUCUUCCUCCUGUCUUGUACGAGCUACAUUCUCGUUUGCCCAGCUUUCAGUUUGACAACCAAGGCUACUUCAACUCCUGCACCAUGAAAAGUUGCUGCUUCGCUGGUGAUCGAGACCAGUACAUCCUGUCAGGGUCUGAUGACUUCAAUCUCUAUAUGUGGAGAAUUCCUAAAGACCCAGAUGCAGGGGGUCCAGGUCGAGUUGUGAAUGGAGCAUUUAUGGUUUUGAAGGGCCACCGUUCUAUUGUCAACCAGGUUCGAUUUAACCCCCACACAUAUAUGAUCUGUUCCUCAGGUGUGGAAAAAGUAAUCAAGGUGUGGAGUCCAUACCAGCAGCCUGAAAGUAUAGGAGACCUUGAAGGGCGUGUGGAGGACAAGUCUCGCAGCUUGUACACUCAUGAGGAGUACAUCAGCUUGGUCCUCAACAGUGGGAGUGGCUUGUCACAUGACUAUGUCAGUCAGUCCAUUCAGGAAGAUCCUCGCAUGAUGGCCUUCUUUGAUUCACUGGUGCGGCGGGAAAUCGAGGGCUGGAGCUCUGACUCGGACAGUGACCUGAGUGAGGGUGCCAUCCUGCAGCUUCAUGCACGAGGGCGACGCCCACUGAGAUCUGUUCGAGAUGGAGGGAACACCACUGCCCCCACAGGGACCUCUCCUGCUUCAGGCCAACAGAGUGAUGACUCCUCUUCCAUAGUGGGACCCCAUGGAUCGGAGGGAGAGUAUAGAGAGGAACUGGAGGAGUCUUGGCGGAGUGGGAUAGGCCAUCAGUCGAUGCGAUUGAUGGAUUUGGUCAAUGACUCAUCAGAUUCCAGUGGGUUCUGGCCUGACCCAAUGCCCAGACCACGUUCUCCUAGCCCAAGGAACAUCUCCAGUUUGUCUAGUCAUAGCAGCUCCCCAAUUGGGUCAAGCUCCUCAAACACCUCCAGCUCCACUUCUAGUAGUGAAACGGAAGAAGAGGAGCGCCGGAGAGCCAGGACACGUCAACGGAAUGCCACUAGGAGGCGCCACAUGCGAUUCCCCUGCCACAAAGUGGAUCGCUCGGAGUCAGCACAAACACUGUAUUCAGGGGUGGAUUCUUGCAGUUACCCAAAGAUUUCCCUUGAGGAUUCAUCAUCAUCAUCAUCAUCUUCGGUUGAGGCACAAGAUUCAGUGAAGAUUGUGCCCCAAGGGACUUCCUCCACAGACAGGGACAGGUCUCAUAUUGAGUCAAGAAACCCAUACAAUUCAACCCCCAUCCCCUCACCAGAUAGAUUGGGGGGUGAGGUGAGAGCAAUCAUGGUGGCACAGGAGCGGGAACCUGAGGCAUUGCCUGACUUUUCACAUGAUGAAAACUUUGACAAGAGAGAGCUCAGGAGUGGGAAAGCAGACGAAAUGGGAAUGAUCACUGUAGUCUCAGAGACUGCAAAGGAAGGGCAGGAUGCGGAUCUGGCUCAGAAUCAUACCUUUCAGUCUUCAGACAGUGCUUGGGGUUCUCCACAGCAGCUGGAGCCAGGGAUAAACGGGCAAAAAUGCCAUGAUGUACAUGAUAGGGACUUGGACCAGAACUCUGGGUCGUCUACAUCAAAAGAGAGUGAUGGUAAACUUGACAUGCAACUUUUUGACUCUAAGACCCAGGAAGAAAAAUAUCAAGGAUCAUGUGCACUGGGCACUUCUAAGGGUUUACGCCUGAAACAGACUCGAGUCGAGCUAGAGGGAGUCGAUUCUGAUGGCUCCCCCCCAGAAAAGCUAUUCAAGACGUGAUGUGGUGAAAUCUCGUGGGUGGAACGUGGGUGGUUCCUCGUCAGGGUUUUUCAGUUUUUGUUUUUAAAAGGAGACUGGUAACAUUUAUAAUAAGCACUGCAAACUUUUGACGCUAUUCAUAUAGUUUAAUGUAAAGAGAGGUACCCCUUUAUGUUCCAUAUACCAUUUUUUAGAAUACACAUGUUGAUUUAUCAGUGUGUAGGUCAGCCAUUUUGGCUGACCAUUAAACUAAUGCCUGACUUAUUGUGCAUUAAAAUUGUUGGUGUUUAUAGAAGUACUGGCCAUAACUAUGGUAGUGCAUUUGCUAAUCCAGUUUUAUAAUAUUUUAUUUUUGGAAUUAUUUUAUUGUAUUUGCUAAAAAUAAAUUUCUUCAAAACUUAGUUGUCCAUAUGUGGACUGACAUCUAUAGCUCCCUUGAUUUAUGCUGAGAAAUGAGAGGGAGGUAUGGAAUCCUUGCAGCAAUUUUUGCAUAUUAGGGGGUGGUUUGUAAUUAACGCUCAGGCUGUUAGAAUUGGUCCUGCAAAAUCCACUACAUUGAAACAUAUUGUCACGGUGUCUGUUUUGAGUUGUGCAUUAAUAGUUAUUUCAGUACUCUGGCAGUAAAUUGUUUUAUCACUUUCUCUCUGCAUUCAGAAAGGGUUUGUUGCUCUAAAGAACUGUUGGAUAAAUGCUCUGUAUUGUCUGAGACUGUUUAUGAACAGACAUUAAAUGUUCUUGAAAACUGA